GGGAGCUCUGUAGAGCAGGCGACGCGCCGGCUUCGAGCAUCCGUGGCUGGGCGGGCGAGAGGCUCCGGGGCUACGGCUCCGGCGGCCGUGGCACAGCCUGCCUGUGACAUGGCCAGCUUCGGAGAGGAGGAAAGUUUGAAGAGCCUGUGGUGUCGAGACAAGUCCCCAAACUUCUGACCUUGGUGGUGGCAGACAUCCUUCCUGACCUGGCUGUGUCACUUGGUGUCCAUUGUGGCUUCCCCAGUAGGAGCAUGGAGGAUGCUGCUUUGCCCCCAGAACAGGACAUGACCAACGCUGACACCACAGCCCCAGACACUGCAGCCCCAGCUGCCGAGGCAGAGGUGGCAGGUGGCGCCCACCUGCUGGGCUUCUCCGAUGAGAUCCUGUUGCACAUUCUGAGCCACGUGCCCAGCACCGACCUGGUAGUGAAUGUGCGGCACGUGUGCCGGAAGCUCGCAGCCCUGAGCCUGGACAAGAGCCUGGUGCACACUGUGCUGCUGCAGAAGGACUAUCAGGCUAGUGAAGACAAGGUGAAGCAGCUGGUGAAGGUGAUCGGCCGGGAGAUCCAGCAGUUGAGCAUGGCGGGCUGCUACUGGCUGUCAGGUGUUACCAUUGAGCGCGUGGCCCGCUGCCGCAGCCUGGUGAAGGUGAACCUGUCCGGCUGCCACCUGACCUCCCUGCGCCUCUCCAAGGUGCUCUCGGCCCUGCAGCAGCUGCGCUCGCUGGCUAUUGAUGUGAGCCCUGGCUUUGACGCCAGCCAGCUAAGCAGCGAGUGCCGGGCCACGCUGAGCCGUGUGCGGGAGCUCAAGCAGACAUUGUUUACGCCCUCCUAUGGUGUGGUGCCCUGCUGUGCCAGCUUGCAGAAGCUGCUGCUGUACUUCGAGAUCCUGGACCACUCGCGGGAAGGUGACAUGCUGUCGGGCCAGCUCAUGGUGGGCCAGAGCAACGUGCCCCACUACCAGAACCUUCGCAUCUUCUACGCGCGGCUCGCUCCUGGCUACGUCAACCAGGAGGUGGUGCGGCUCUACCUGACUGUGCUCAGUGACCGCACACCCGAGAACCUGCACGCCUUCCUCAUCUCCGUCCCCGGCAGCUUCUCUGAGAGUGGUGCCACCAAGAACCUCCUGGAGUCCAUGGCUCGCAAUGUGGCCCUGGAUGCCCUGCAGCUGCCCAAGUCCUGGCUGAACGGCUCAUCCCUGCUCCAGCACAUGAAGUUCAAUAACCCGUUCUACUUCAGCUUCAGCCGUUGCACACUGUCCGGUGGCCACCUGAUCCAGCGUGUCAUCAACGAUGGGAAGGACCUGCGCAGCCUGGCCAGCCUGAACCUCAGUGGCUGCGUGCACUGCCUCUCGCCGGACUCUCUGCUCCGCAAGGCUGAGGACGACAUCGACAGCAGCAUCUUGGAAACGCUGGUAGCCUCCUGCUGCAACCUUCGCCACCUCAACCUCUCAGCUGCACACCACCACAGCCCCGAGGGCCUGGGCAGGCACCUGUGUCACCUGCUGGCUCGUCUCUGCCACCUGCGCUCGCUGUCCCUGCCUGUCUGCUCUGUGGCUGACUCUGCCCCUCGAGCCGAUCGUGCGCCUGCCCAGCCUGCCAUGCACGCUGUGCCUCGCGGCUUUGGCAAGAAGGUGCGCAUAGGCGUGCAGACCUGUCCUAGCCCCUUCACGGACCAGCAGCCCUCCUCUGCAUUCUGGUCCCUGAUGAGGAACCUGCCUUUCCUGGAGCACCUUGAGCUGAUUGGUUCCAAUUUCUCCUCGGCCAUGCCACGUAAUGAGCCCGCCAUCCGCAACUCCCUUCCACCCUGCAGCCGUGCGCAGAAGGUUGGGGACUCCGAGGUGGCUGCCAUUGGCCAGCUGGCCUUCCUGCGGCAUCUGACACUGGCCCAGUUGCCCGGCAUCCUAACGGGCUCGGCGCUGGUGAGCAUCGGCCUGCAGUGCCAGCAGUUGCAGUCCCUGUCAUUGGCCAACCUGGGCAUGAUGGGGAAGGUGGCCUACAUGCCUGCCCUCUCUGACAUGCUGAAGCACUGCAGGCGGCUGAAGGACCUCAGGCUGGAGCAGCCCUACUUCAACGCCAACGCCCAGUUCUUCCAGGCGCUGAGCCAGUGCACCUCGCUGCAGCGCCUGUGCCUGGUCUCCCGCAGCGGCACCCUGCAACCCGACGCUGUGCUGGCCUUCAUGGCCCGCUGCCUGCACGUCAUUGUGUGCCACAUGUUCACUGGCGAGUCACUUGUCACCUGCAAGAGCCUGCAGCAGUCCCUCCUCAGUUUCCAGGCUGAGAGGCCUGCCCUGAACGUCGUCAUCUUCCCCCUGCUGCACGAGGACCUGACGGAUGUCAUCCGGGAUGUCCCCAUGGUACACCUGGACGAGAUCACCUUGUUUAAAAGUAGAGUGGCCGAAGAGCCCCCAAACCUUUGGUGGUGAGAGGACCACCUUCUGCUGCUGCUCACUGCCGUGCAGCCACAAAGAGCCUGUGGACCCGGGACCCCUUCACUUGCCACAGAGAAAGGAAACAGCUCUCUGCCACCCUGCAGCCCCCACUAUGGCUCCCUGGCUCCACUCACUUCCUUCCAGGGACUUGUCAUCAGGGUGAAGGUUCGCACUGACAGGGAGGGCUGGGUAGGCAUCCACAUGGGGCUGGCCCCAGCCGUAUCCCCCGGGGCUGAGGUGUAGUCACUGGUGUGGGCUGGGCGCUCUGUGCUGAGACAUCCGCGUUGAUGUCUGCAAGUUUUGCACCUGCAGUCAUGGGCACCCUUUCCCACUGAGACUCAUCUUAGGGCUGGGUGUGGCUCGGUGGCCAAGCCCUUGCCAGCAGGUAUGAGGUGUGUGGAUCGAGCCCCACACCACCCAGAAAAAGACACAUUUUAACCCAGUUCCAUCUCUGAGAUGCUUCCGGCUGCAUGGUGUCUGUGGCCUGUGGAACACUGGGGCAGGAACCACUGGGCGGGGCUCUUCAGCUGGACCGUGCACAGUCUGAUCUGUGGCAUUUGUUUGGCUUCAGAAACCCAACUCCCGGCGAAAGUCACUGUGUGCUUCUGAGGACAUAGACACAGCUUGGCUCUAUUAGAAUAACUGGAAACAUUAAACCCAGAGUGGGUUUUAAACCUCGGAGUGAUGAGGCCAUCAUGUCAGGCAACUUUAUUUAGGAUUUAGAAAAAACUCAGCAAAGCUGCUUCAGAGUUGAGGAGGGACCUUCUUGUGUCCAAGGUUCAUCGUAUGCCCCUGGCUGUCCCUGCCUCGUACCUCUGAGGGGGCUGUGGCUGAGUCCUAUCCUCCUGGACUCCUGCCCAGGCGCGCCUCUCGGUCAUGGGUCCUCACAGGCUGUGGUCAUUGGCAGGCUAGGCACCUCCCCACCACCCUUGGGUCUGAAGUGCAGAGCCCACCAGGCCUUGCCCACUGCCCUUGUCCUCCUGUUUCCAUGGUAAUGGGUCACCCCAGUCUGUGUGGUGUCCUGGCGCGUCCCUUGCUAGUGUCAGUAUCUGCUCUGUACUGGGCGCUUAGGGCAAGUGGCGCCCAUCAGUGCUGCUCCUUGGGACCCAGAGAGUCGGGGACUUUCAGAUGUGCCUGGGGACAAAGCAGGGGAACAUGGCCCUCUGCUGCCAAGACCCUGAACCCUCCCUGUCCUUCCCUCAGCCCUGCCCUCUGGAGGGGGUUCCCAGGCUGCAGCCAGCAGAGGGACCUGCUAUGGGCUAAUAAUCCCUGGGUAUGUGAUGGGACGGAUCCUCCCCACUGUGCAGGCCAGGACAGACUGCCCAGAGGUGGCCAGCAUCCCAUGUAGCUGUGCAGGAGGCCCUGUUCCUUCAGUGCAUCCUAUUGGCACCCAAAUUGGCCACCAUGCAAUCAGAGUGGUCAGGGCAGGUUCUGGGGGUCUUUGGGGCCAGCCACUUGUCCCCGGAGUGAGGGGCUGACAGGUGGGGGUGUGGCCCAGGAGGGAGCCCAUGAAGCUCUGGGUGCCCUGGCUUUGUACCCUCUCCUUCCCUUCCCAGCAACUCCCGCUUGGUGGGGAAUUGUAUUUCCACUAUGAAUUUACUCCAAAGGCUGAAACUGGUUUUAUGAUCUGGCUAACAGGUUUGUUGUCAUGAGCAAGCGUUUCCCCAGCAGUGUAAUUGAUGCUCAUAAACAGGGCUGGGGGAGGGAGCCGUAAGAGAGGCUGGGAGCGCAGACACCUUGGUAGGGGCCCCCAAACGACGGGCCUUGUGUUUUACUGUCCCCUGCCACAGUCCUUUGACUUGGAGUGAGGAUUUCCACUCCUUCUACACCCGAGACACAAUUCACCAGAUGUUAAUAAUGUGCUUAUUUUCGCUAAGUGCUAUUUUGGCACUGGUGUUAAUUGCAAUUUAUAUUCUGCAGCAUUUUACACUGGGAAAAGAACCUUACCCUAAUGGUCCCCAAUUGGCAGGACUGGGCUCUUAAGUGGCGGACCAUAUGCUGCCGGCUGGAAGGAGCGCGGUCAGCGUGCUGCAGCCCGCAUGUGCGUGUGGUGUGCGGGGAUGUGUCAUCGUGUGCCUGUGUGAACGUGGCAUGUGUGCGCUUGCAUCUGCACCUGCAUGUUUGUGCAAAAUGCCUGUGUGUGCCCGCCUGCAGCACAUUACGUCUGCAUCUGCUGAAUGUACUUGUGUGUGAGAGACGGAGCGGAAAGAGGGAGGCGAUCAGCACGUUCAUCGUUUGUUUUUUGUUUUUGUUUUUUUCUUCUCAGUACCUGGGAUCGAACUCAGGACCUUGUGUUUGCAAGAUAGGUGGGGCGCCCCUGAGCUAAAUCCCUGGCCAUCUUUUAUUUUUAUAAAGAGAAAGUCCCUGGUCUCCCAUGUCCAACCACCUCUACCCUGACCACCCCUUGUCCCCGGCCUGCUGCUCUUGUCUCCUCUGGAGCCAUGGCAGGUGCAUUGUCCUGGCAUCCUGGAUCCUAAGACCUCAAGGCCCUGUGUCCUGAUCCCUGUAUCCCCCUGCACAAGCUUCACUCAGCCCCUGGGCUUCUGACAUGAAGGCAUUUGAGUCUGAGGAAAGGUACAUUUCUGGGCCCCAGGUCCCCCUUUCGGUGUGGGUGGCUGUCCUCAUUCUCACACUGUCACGUACAGUUAGGACUGAGGGGCCUGCAGCCAGGAUGGCCUGGACUCUUCAGGCGCUGAGCCCUGCUGGGUGCCCAUCCCCUCAGCAGCACCAGCUCUCGGCUGCUCCCUGACCAGGCGCCAGGCAUGGCUGGGUGUGGGGCAGGCCUGAGCCCCAGCAGCAGGGCUAUGGGAGCCAUGGGCUGCAAGAGGCCAAGACUGCCACCCCAGCCAGGGUCCCGUGCAGGAUGUUUUGCCGGAGGAAGGAUAGCAGACACCCUAGUGUCCCCUCUGAGUGGGGCUGCCCCAGUGAUAACCCUUCUCAGCUCUGGAAGUUGUAGGGCUCAUGUGAGGGGAAUCAGAAGCUUGUGGGCAGCAGGAUGGCAGUGCUGGCUUUCAGCCAGGAGACCUGAGUGAGAAGCAUCUCACUCCCUGCUUCCCUGGGGCUCACUGUGACUCGUCUCCUGUUGUGCAUUUGGGGCUCGGGAUCCCAAAGGAAGUUUCUGGGCCCAGUGAACAGUGCUCCCAGCUGUGGCUCCCACACAGGCGACCAACACCCUUGACUUUUUCAGGCAGCCUUGUGUGAGCACCAUGGGGUCAGGCACUCUGUCUUGCAUUAAAGGCACAGGUCGCUGCCUGGCUGUGUCCCUCGCAGGAUCUACCUGAGACCUGGGGGGCUGAGGGCAACAGCCUGAGACCCCUGUGCAAGUGAAGUGGACAGAGCCAGGCAUGUAGGGAAUGUGUGUCCAGGUAGGGGUGUGCAAGGGUGUUCUGGGCUUUCAGGGCAGGAAGGAGUGUGCUGCGCAAUGCACAUGUGGCCGACCUGCACCCAGCAGCAGUCUUCCUCAGCCCCAGUGCUGCCCCUCUGACCGGAACCUUUGUGUGUGGCUUUGCCCUGAUUGGAGCUCAGUGGCCUUUCCCUGGCCCAGGGGUCUUCCUACCAAGUGACGAGGUGCUAAAUGACCAUCGCCUGCCUUUCGGUGACCGACUGUCCCAUCCUGGCCCACCCGAGGCAUCUCACGAUGACUCCCAGUCCUGAGCAUGGUGUUUGCUCUUCAGCCUGGACAGGCGAUUUCCUGUGAACUUGUGGCAUGUGGGGAGUUUGAAAUAAAAUGCAUUGAUUUAGAAA